AUGAAUGUAUUCAGCUGCGAACAAAAAGCAGGACUCGGUGCGGGCAACUGCCAUGAGUCUGACGAUGUUGGGGUGAGACAGUCUCCUAUCACUAGUGUCAUGGUCCUGGGGCUCCAACAUGUGUUUGUACUGCAUGGAAAGGACUUACACUUGGAUGUAGAGAAACCUGUUAAACUUGACAAAAAGACUGACUUUUUCUGGAAGUUUAAUACCAGUAAUUAUGUUGGUAAAAUCAGUUAUAAUAAAGAGUCAGUAUUGUUUGAAAGCUAUGAAGUAAGAGCUGAUUUUUUUGGCCAAAAUUACUCUUUGGUAUUGAAAAAUGUAAAACACAAUGACAGUGGAUAUUAUACUGCAGUAGUGACUGGGGGAAAAGAGCAAAGGGUAGGUGAAAUCAAGGUCAUAGUCCAAGAUCCAGUGUCUCCAGUUAAUCUGACAUUGACCUCCAGAAGCUCAGACUCCUGUAACCUGACUGUAACCUGCACUAUAGUGGACCUGAACAUCAGCCGUACUUUUAGAUGUGAUGCUCACAACUGCUCUCUGUUGGAAGAAAAUCCCAGCACCACAGACAUGCUUUCCUCUCUGAUUGUUUACCUGCAGCAAGACACCGUCUUUUGUAAUCAUAGCAAUGAAGUAAGCUGGAAAAAUAGCACGAUGGUGCUAAAAUCUCAAUGUGACACGAAGUCAGGCCACAUAGAUGCCAACAAUACCACCGUGACUGUGUGUGUUGUUGUUGCUGCCAUCAUCAUAAUCCUCGUUUUAGGUUAUAUUCAUCAUCGAACGAAACAUAAAAAUACCAGGGAAACCAUUGAAAACACAGUGUAUGCAGUUCCUGAGGUUAUCCGAACAACACCACCCGUGGAACAGAGUCCAAUCAGUGAUGCUUCUCCAACAUCCACCUAUAGCUUUGUGAGACCUCACUCUGGACCCAACAGAUCCACUGAGGCCAGAAGCAAAGCUUUGCCCGAGAGCUUGUAUGCCCAGGUAGAAAUUCAUCCCAGAUCCUAAAAUCUCUUCAGAAAUUCUAAUUCAAGGUUUAAAAAGUAACUGCCUACCAAAGGCAAUACAAUCGUCAAAGUCCUCUUGGAGAAAAAAAGGGAAGAAGAGAAAGUAUAUCACACAUAUAGAGAAAGAUUUUAUGUUGAGGAAUAACUGAGGCUUCUGUAAGGUGUGCUUUUGAUGGACUUGAUGGUCUUCGAUACCCAACAUCCACAAUGAUGGCGAAACAACUAGUAGCUCAGUGUUCCAACAUUCGAAAGAAGGGACUGCUCUCACAGCUAGAGAUUGACGAGGUACAACAUAAAUGCUACGGCAAGGGGGAGCCAGGACACCAGGUCAGGGGAGAGAUAUCAUCACCCCCACCCGAGAUUGGGUACAAAGCCCCAAGUGCGAUAGGAGAAGGAUCGUUGAGUGCGAGAGGAACUGACCAGAAAGAUAGGAUCAUUGCCAAGCUUGAAACCUGGAUCCCCCGUAGCCAGCUACCAAGAUUACGUGAAGUACCCUCAGAAGGUCUACUCGAUGAUGUUAAUGCAGCACUACGGAUGAUACCUACAGCCACGCUUACCAAGACUAACAAGCUGAUCUACA